UUCUAAAUAAAUAGGCCAUAAUGAUCCCUACGAUCUUAUUAGGCACUCGCUCCACGAGCACCUAAUGUAUAGGAAUAACAUAACACUUCACUAUGAAGGAAAUAAUUAUUCCGUUAUGUGUUAACCUAUUUCUUCUUGUGUUUUCGGAUGCCGUACCUCUAAAACUGAUACCAGGCGAACGCAACGUGAUAAAGGACAAAGGAGUCACCCACACGAUAUCAAGAUUUUACGUUGUACCCGAAGAUUUUGGUGACGGAACCACAGUUAAAGCUUUGCGUUCAGAUCUUGCGUCUUCUGAGACUUCUGAGAGCGAAGACUCUGUGACAGAAGAUUUACUGGAAAGGGUAGAAGAUGGAGGAUCUUCAACAGAAGCAUACAGAGUUACCGAUGAAGUUGAAGAAGAAUCCUCGUCAUCUUCAUCGUCGACAAAGUUGUUAAGAACAUCUGUUACUACUGUGUUAACAAAAUUAAACGUCAUAAAUGAGACUUCGAAUCAUAAUGACUUAAGUCAUCUACUAGUUCAACCAGUUAGUAGAGUAACAUCUACAAAUAGUAGUGCCAGUUGGAAUGCUACUCGUGAAGGUGAAGAAACUCACGAAGAAAUAUUAACUGAAACAGUCAACAAUGAAACGGAUGAUGAAACAAAUGUCCAGGCAGUAUCCGACGAUACUAUACUUGAAGAUGAUUCAGUGAAGCUAGCAACAUACUCGGAUGUUGAAAAUAUAACUUCUUCCAACUUUAUUUCGCAACAAGGCGUUGAUGAUAGUGAGAUCAAUGCAGAUUCCCUUUUACGUGCAACUGUAUUAACUGGUGAAAGCGAUAUAAAUGUAAAUGAAGAAGUAUCGAGUGACGGUGACUCGUAUUCAGUAACAACAGAUGUUGAAAAUGUGGUACCUAUUGUUUACGCUCUUGAUGAGCCAACAAUUAUAAAUGAAAAUGAUUCGAUAAGCCUUCAACAGCAACCGCUUGAAGAAUCAGUGAUAACUGAUUCUGGUUCUGAUGUUACAGAUUUAGCUACAGAAGAUAAAGAGACAGGUAAUUUACGCUCGAGAAUAGACGAAGAAUACACUGACCCGUGGAGUAUUGUAAGCAAAAUGGGUAAUGAUGUAGUCUGGACUAAAGAAGAUAAAACAAUCAAGGAUAUAACGGUUAAAAAUGACAUACACGUUAACGAUAAAAAAGACAAUGAUGGUAGCUGGAUUAUCGUCAAAAGGGUUAAAAAUUAUAAACCCUCGUACAUUGAAGAUAAAACCGACAGUGAAGAUGGUUUGACUAUUGUCGAUAGAAUUAAAGCUGAUCUAUCCGGGCACAUUGAUGAUAAGCACAACAAUAUUCCCUCGAAAAUUGAAGAAACGGUUAAAAAUUAUAAAACAUCUCACAUUGGAGAUAAAAAUGACAAUGUUGAUCUCUGGACUAUCGUCGAAAGGAUUAAAAAUGGUGUACCUUGGCACAUCGAAGAUAAAACUCCCAAUGCUGUUCCCUGGACUAUCGUCGAAAGGAUUAAAAGUUAUCACCCAUGGCACAUCGAAGAUAAAAAGCAAAACGAUAUUCCCGUGAAAGUGGAAGCAAGGGUUAAAAAUGAUAUACCCUGGCAACCUGAAGAUCAAAAGACCAAUACUGGUCUCUUGUCUAUCGUCGAAAGGAUUGAAAAAGAUCUACCCUGGCACAUCGAUGAUAAAAGACAUAACGAUAUUCCCUGGACUAUCCUUGAAAGAAUUAAAAGUGGUCUACCCUGGCCCCUUGGAGAUGAAAAGGACAAAGAUAUUCCCGUGACAGUGGAAGCAAGGGUUAAAAAUGAUAUACCCUCACAUAUUGAUGAUGAAACGGACAACGGUGAUCGCGAGACUAUCGUUGAUACAAUUAAAAAUGAUCUACCUUCUAAUCUUGAAGACAAAACUACCGAUAAAGAUUCUUGGGAAAUAGACGAAAUUGACGAAAAAAAACGAUACAUCGAAGAUAACACGGACUACGGUGAUCAAACGAUUAUGGUUGAAAAGGUUAAAGAAGAUCUAGACUCGUAUAGUGAAGAGAAAACUAGCGUUAAUGUUCCCUUGGCGAUAGACGAUAAGGAUAAAAAUAUCGAAGAGAAACCGGAGGAGGAAGAUUCCGUGACUAUCGUUGAAAGAUUUAAAAAUGAUCUACCAUCUUAUAUUGAAGAUACAACGGUCUACGAUGCUCCCAAAACUAUCGUUGAAGGAGCUCAAGAUGAACAUUGGACUAUAGAAGAAAAAUUCAAAAAGGAUAUUCUUUCGACUAUUAAACAUUUACCAUUGACUAAAAAGACAACUGAUUACAAUUUACCUGGGAGUAUAGAAGACAGAAUAAAGGAAGAUAUCCUUACAACUAUUGAAGGUAGAGGGAGUAAUCAGCCGAGGAUUAUUAAAAAGGAAACUACCUACAAUUUACCUCUAAUCGUUGAAGAUAGACUUGGUGACACUAAUUAUGUUGUUAAAAAGAAAAUUUACAAAAAUGUUCCGUGGACUUCUGGAAAUGAAGUUGUUGGUACUGGGCCGUGGCAUAUUAGCCAAUUACCAACAACAGGUCAAUAUCCUGCUACUAUUUCUAAACAAGGUUAUGCAAUAAAAGAUACAAACAAACAACCUUACCAUGUGUAUACGUAUGUCGUUCAUCCCCCAUCUGUCGAAGCAUCUACGGUUUCACAAGACAGACCAGAUAUAGACCAUAUUAUAAAUGUCAAAUCUACAAAGUACACUACUAAGCUUGCACCAAGUGUAGAAAAUAUUUAUAAAUUAUCCACAAUCCAUAAUCCAACAGAAACUGUACAUGUAAACAAACCAAGUACUUACGAGCUGCAACAUAAUAUUGGCACAAGCUCUAAUAUCGUUCCUGGAACUUUACAUAAAUACACUUACAAUAUUAAAUCUGACGUCGUUGCUCCCAAAACUCCCCAAAAUGAAGUUACUAAUGUUUACUCUAAUAUUAUUUCACAAAGUCCCCAAAACGAUGAUCAUGCAAUAUUAGACCACGGCACUAAUAAUCCUAAAGUGACACAUGAAUAUAAAUACACCUUGGAAACUAAUGUUGUAACUCCUAAAACUCCCCGAGAUGAGAGUCAUAUUAUCAAUACUAAUAUUAUUUCGCAAAAACCCCAAGAUUACAACCUCAAUCUGAAUUCUGGAUCCAACAAUCCUAAAGUUUCACAUGAAUACAUUUACAAGGUAAAAUCUCAAGUUCCCAAAGAUCAUAAUAUUUAUUCCGGGGUUACUCCACAAAAUGUUCAAGAUUACAGCUUCAAUGUAAAUUCUGAUAUCGUGAAUCCAAAAAUUACUCACGAAUACACUUACAAUGUUGAGAAUAACGUUGUUACUCCCAAAACUCCCCAAGAUUACAGUGCUGAUGCAGAAGCCAGUGCCGUUUUCAGCCCUAACAAAGACGUUGUCACUCCUGUAACUUCUCAAGAUGUCAGUUACAGUACACAUUCUGGCAACGUAGUUCCAAAUACUCAAAAUUACAAUCUUAACAUAGAUUCAGGCGUAACCCCUAAAACUCCUGUGGACUACAGUCAUGUGCAAAAAGACAUUCUAGCAGCUAUGAAACCGGGUCCAGAUUCUAAAAUUAUUCUUUCAACCGACCACUCAUCACUCAAUCUUCCACAAAAGCAACUACAGUACAAAAAUCCUCAGUCUUAUAAAUGGAAUCUCGAAGUAACAAAGCAACAACCAAGUGAAGAUCGAGCAUAUUUAUACGAAAAUGUAAUCAAACGUCCGACAGACGUUUCAACCAUACACCAACAACUUGUGAAGCCUGAAUACUUCGAUUACUAUCAAACUCAAAACUUGGAACUAGCUCCAACGUACAAAUUGUUUACUUUACAAAAUUUGUUGAAACUAGCAGAUGGGCUAAAGAGACUGAAGCUACCUGCUGGAACUAAUGCACAGGAACACAGAGCACUAGAUAAUUUACGCACAGUUCUAGAAAUAUUGCUAAUACAGGCUGAUUACUUCGGUAAAGACAAUGACUGGUAUGAAAAGAUAUUCCAUGACGUGCCUCCUCAAAAUCGGCAUCCGCUACAACUUUAUACUUACCACUUGAUUCGGCAAAGAUGGUUACACGAUUUGUUAUUGAUACUGCAAAAGAAUAAUUUCGAUCUCGAUAUUUUGCUUAAUCCUGGAGUAAUUUCGCUUCUAGAAUCAUGGAAGUUUCCUCAAUAUGUUCAGAAUUACUUAGAAGCAGAACAUAUACUUGGAAAAGGUUAUGUGCAGCAGAAUAACAUUGUAAAUCCUUUGGACCAUCGCGUAGUGAAUAACAAUGAUUGUCAAAACUGCGCAGUGGAUGUAGAUAACUUUAUAGCUAAACAUGUGCUUAAUGGUUAUAGCCCAAAGAAGGAAAGAUUAAUUUUGAACAUAGCUGGAGUAGGCGUCGAGCCUGAUGCAGAUGCAGUGAAAGGCAUACUACAAAAAUACUUGGUCAACAAGCAUGCAAUUGAAGAUCAAGAGAACGUGAUAAUGCAAGACAAUAAAACUGAAAUGCUGAAACAGAUAAUAUUGUAUUUGAAACAUAAACACUAUAGGACGGAGAUCAUAUUUGAUUUGAUUCAUAAAUUGAAUAGUGCUGUUUUACCCACGUUGAAUCAGGGAUGUGCCCAACAAGACAGUAUUUCCCAAAAUAUAUAUGAUGUUAUAUUACCCACGUUGAGAAGAUCACUGGAAUAAUGAAUUUAUUUAUAUUAAUAUUUUAACGGCAUAUUUAUUUAUAUAUUAUGUAUUAUAUGUAUGUAUAUAAUUAUUUUUGUUUUUGUAUUUAUUAUAUGAGGUAUAUAUUUAUUAUAUGUAAAUUAAUUUUUGCUUUCAUGUCAUGUCGGCAUGAGCUUAUUUUAUAUAUUAUGUAUUGUAUUUAUCUAUUUAUUUAUAUGAAAAAUUCU